GGAAAACUCCUGAGGUCACUUUAGACUUUGAGCAAACUCCUGAGUCUGACACGAGUCUCUGCAGUGCAGCGCUGAAAUGCCACGGAGUGCUGACACUCUGAGACGCCAGCGGAGAGGCCGGGUCCUGGUGCUAUGGUAAAGCUGUGUGGAUGCAGAGAAAAUGACAACGCCGCAGACCAGCAGACAUAACUCUGCUAUAUCCUCCCCUCAGAGGAAGCAUGUGAUCCAGAUGGACUCUGUGCAGCGCUGGAUGGAGGACCUGCGUCACAUGACGGAGGUGGAGUGCAUGUGCAUCCUGCAGGCCAAGCCCAUCGGCGGGGACGAGGACAUGCAGGGGGAGCUGAUCGUGGGCGUGGCCGGGGACCCGGGGGGCGGGGCCGGGGGCGGGGCGGGCGGGGGCCUGCAGACCCUGCUGAAGAGGGCGUUCAUCGUGAGCUCUGAGCUGGGGAAGAUGUUCCAGCGCUUGGAGAAGGGCCGCUGGCAGCGACUGCACAGCGCUGCUGUACGAGCCAACUGCCACGUGCACUCGCUCAUACAGGAGCACAGCGCCUCCCGCUGCUCCACCGCGGAACUGCAGCAGUAUGAGAAGUCACUCCUGAGUAAAAGCAUGGAGCUGACAGCCAUUACAGAGAGGUGUAUCCAAACCGAGGACGAGUAUGUCCUGACCUCGAUGAAGGAAGUGAUCCAUGAGAUCCUGACCGAUGUCAGCGACUCCUUCAGCCAAAUGAUUGACAUGGCCUUGGCCAAUGAGGUGCAGGUCCUGAUCAGACAGAUGGAGAGCUCAGACGAUGUGUACACCAUCAGCACCGCCAUCAGCAGCCUGCUGUCCCUCACUCAGGACGGGCCCCAGCUCUGCACCCUCAUCGCCAAGGAGGGGGCAGUGGUGGCCCUGUUUAAGAUCUGCAGGCAGGACCGCUUCAGUGGGCUGUACGCUCAGGCCCUACGCACCGUGGCGUCCAUCUGCUGCGUGGAGGAGGGCAUCGCCCAGCUGGAGCAGGUGGAUGGGAUCCUGUGCCUGGCGGAGAUCCUGACGGAGGGGGGGAGGGGGGAGGCCGCUCGGGCGGAGGCAGCAGCUGUGGUGGCACAGAUCACCUCCCCCCACCUCACCUGCACCCCUCACCUGGCCAGCUUCCUGGAGAACAUGCAGGACAUUGUCACUGCGCUCAUCCAGUUGUGUGAGGAGGCCUCCACAGGGGAGGUGUUUCUCCUGGCGUCUGCUGCGCUUGCGAACAUCACAUUCUUUGACACCAUGGCGUGUGAGAUCCUGCUGCAGCUCAACGCCGUGCACAUCCUGCUACAGGCCUGUCACGACCGCCACAGAGUGGACACGCCCUACUCCAGAGACCAGGUUGUGACCAUCCUGGCGAACAUGUCUGUGCUGGACCAGGCCGUAUCUGAGGUGCUCCAGGAGAAGGGACUGGAGCGGCUGCUGCUGCUUCUGGGCGAGAAGCCUUCCUCCUCCAGCCCCUCGGAGGGCGCUGCCUGCGAACGGGUCCAGCAGAAGGCAGCCGUCACACUGGCCCGGCUGAGCAGAGACCCCAGUGUGGCUCAAACCGCAGUCGAGCUGCACACCAUCCCUCGCCUCAUCGAGCUGUGUCGCUCGCCCACCGAGAGGAACAACAGCGACUCCGUGCUCGUCGCCUGUCUGGCUGCUCUGCGGAGGCUGGCCGCUGUGUGUCCAGAGAGCGUCAGUGACAGCGACCGGGAGCAGCUCAUCACACCGCGACUGGUCGACUCGUUCCUGCUCUGUUCCAACAUGGAG